AUUUUGCCCUUUUCUCACACCACAGUAAGGUUUUAGGCUUGGAACCUUAAACCCUGAUUUCCCACUAAUAUCAACCUGAUGGCUUUGAGAGUGGCGGCGACGGCUGUGAUGGCUGCUCGGGCGGCUCCACGGGGGAUGAUGCGGCUGUUCUCGACAACUUCACCUAAUUCCUUUAUGCCGCCUCCAAUUGCGGCAAUGGGGAACGGUGAGGGAACCCCUGGUCGAGAGCAAGCUCCUCCAAGUACCAACCUCUUUGUCUCCGGGCUUAACAAACGUACUCCUUCAGAGAAACUUCGAGAAGCCUUUUCUCAGUUUGGACAAGUUGUUGAUGCUAGAGUGGUUACCGAUAGAGUAACAGGAUAUUCUAAGGGAUUUGGUUUUGUAAGAUAUGCCAGCAUAGAGGAGGCUGAAAAAGGAAGGGUGGGAAUGGAUGGCAAGUUCCUCGAUGGCUGGGUUAUAUUUGCAGAGUAUGCAAGACCUCGGCCAGAACGCCCUCCACCACAGAACAUGACUAAUUCAAAUGGCUAUAAUUCGUAUGCCCGUGAAUGACCCGAAUGGUUUGGGAACAUGCUUUGUCACUUAUUGAUCAUGGUCGGAGACGGGUUUACAAUGAAAAGGGAAAUUAAUCUGAAGUUUGUAAUAUUAGACUUGAACUUAAAUGCAAUAGACAUUAGAUGGACUGAGGCUUAUUACACAGGAUUUAAGUAAAAACAAAACCCAAGGUGGAAUCCUUUGAAUUAUUUUUCAUGGACUCUCAUGUCGAUUGAGAA